AUGAGGAUCCUCCUGGUGCUCGUCGCCCUCGCGGGAGCCGCCGGCGCCCAGCGGCAAUUCCAGGGGAUGCCGUGGCUGAAGGGGUCCAUCGACUGGAAAAAUUGGGAAUGCAAUGCCUGCCUGACUCCUCCAGGCAUGGAAUGGGCCCAGGGAAUUCAGGCUGUGGGAGAAAGGAAAAGGGUGAUCAAGAACAGGACAAGAGGUUGGAGGCUCAGGACCGAUCCCAGAUGGGAAAACCCGGAGGAGAGCAUUCCUUCUCUUCCAAGGGCUGUGCUCACCCCUGGGAGAGCCCAGCCAGGCUGGAGUGGAACCUGUUGGGAAAUAAAUCCAUGGAUACAGACAGAACAUGUCCACAUUAGACAUUCCCUGACAUUUUGGGAGCUGCCCAGACAAGGCCGGGAAGCUCCUCGGGCUCUCCGGCCCUCGCUCUUUUCCCGGGGCUGCUCCAACCCUCUCCCACCAACACCUGCUGCACUUCCCAACCCUCCGAGCCCCCGUGGAGUUUCCAGAGGCUGCUCCCAGCCUGAGCCCCCCAUCCCUGUGUUCCCUCUGCCUCCCUGCAGGGACCAGGUUCUCCGGAUCACGGCCAGGGACGAGGAGCAGGCGGCCCUGCUGAAGAUGCUGGAAGACCAGGAGGAGCUCCAGGUGGAUUUCUGGCAUCGCCCCUCCAGCCCCGGCCACCCCGCCGACCUGAGGGUGCCCUUCCCCAGCCUCGGGGCAGUGAAAGGCUUCCUGGAAUCCCACAGAUUUCCCUACACUGUCAUGAUCGAGGACGUGCAGAAAUUACUGGAUGAGGAGAAGGAAGCCAUGGCGAGGUCCAGGAGGGUAAAGAGAAGCUCCAGGGCGUUCGAUUUCGGCUCCUACCACACCCUGGACGAGAUCUACUCCUGGAUGGACACCUUGGUGGAGGAUCAUCCCGGGCUCGUCAGCAAGAUCCGGAUCGGGCAGAGCUACGAGGGCAGAGACCUGCUGGUGCUCAAGUUCAGCACUGGGGGUUCGGCCCGGCCGGCCAUCUGGGUGGACACCGGCAUCCACUCCCGGGAAUGGAUCAGCCAGGCCACCGGCGUCUGGACGGCCAACAAGAUCGCCGAGGAGUACGGGCGGGACCCCUCCGUCACGGCCCUCCUGGACAACAUGGACGUCUUCCUGGAGAUCAUCGCCAACCCCGACGGCUUUGUCUUCACCCACAGCUCCGACCGCCUGUGGCGCAAGACCAGGUCUCCCAACACCGGCUCCCACUGCCUCGGCGUCGACCCCAACAGGAACUGGGACGCGGGGUUUGGAGGUGAUGGCUCCAGCGGCGAUCCCUGCUCCGACAUCUACCACGGCCCCUUCCCGCACUCGGAGAGGGAGGUCAAGGCCAUCGUGGACUUCAUCCGUGGCCACGGGAACGUGAAGUCCGUCAUCUCCAUCCACAGUUACUCCCAGAUGCUGCUUUUCCCCUACGGAUACACGUCGGUGCCCUCGCCCGACUACCAGGAAAUGAACGAGCUGGCCAAGAAGGCCGUGAGCGACUUGGCCGCCGUGUACGGGACCAAGUACACCUUUGGCAGCAUCGCUGACACCAUCUACACGGCCGCAGGCACCACCGUCGACUGGGCCUACGACCAGGGGGUGAAAUAUUCCUUCACCCUGGAGCUGCGGGACACAGGGCGCCACGGCUUCCUCCUGCCCAGCUCCCAGAUCCUGCCCACGGCCACCGAGACCUGGCCGGCCCUGCUGGACAUCAUGGUCCACGUCCUGGAGCACCCCUACUGAGCCAGAGCCUCCCCCUUCCCUCGCCCCAAUAAAUCAUC